UCCAUUACAAAAAUGUUCAAACGCUUCUCUCCCUUCGCUUCACUUUCCGCCACCAGAAUUCUUGCUGUUCCAAACUGUUUGCAUCUGAUCUGUUUCAACUUUUCAAACAGCUAUCCCAAAUGUCUUCCUUUGCAGUUCGUUUCGUUGCACCGCUAGUAUUGCCAUCUACUUCCUCUUCCAGUCCUAAAACAUGGGUUCUUGCCUCCCCCACGACAGCACUAGCAUCAGUUGAGGUUGAUGCUGGGAGGUUGGAGCCAAGAGUGGAAGAGAGAGAUGGGUACUUUGUGUUGAAAGAGAAGUUUAGAGAAGGCAUCAACCCUCAGGAGAAAGUAAAGAUUGAGAAAGACCCCAUGAAGCUUUUCAUCGAAGGAGGGAUUGAAGAACUUGCUAAGAUGUCAUUUGAGGAAAUUGAUAAGGCUAAGGAUACAAAGGAUGAUAUUGAUGUCAGACUUAAGUGGCUUGGUUUGUUCCAUCGUAGGAAGCAUCAGUAUGGUAGAUUUAUGAUGAGACUGAAGUUACCAAAUGGUGUAACGACAAGUGCCCAAACACGAUAUCUAGCUAGUGUGAUAAGGAAAUAUGGGAAGGAUGGGUGUGCUGAUGUGACGACCAGACAAAACUGGCAAAUUCGGGGAGUGGUGCUGCCUGAUGUGCCAGAAAUACUCAAGAGUCUGGAAGGAGUAGGCUUGACAAGUCUGCAGAGUGGCAUGGACAAUGUGAGAAACCCUGUUGGCAGUCCUCUUGCUGGCAUUGACCAAGAAGAGAUUGUCGAUACUCGUCCUUACACCAACUUGUUAUCCCAAUUCAUUACCGCCAAUUCCCGUGGCAAUCCAACCAUCUCUAACUUGCCAAGGAAGUGGAAUGUUUGUGUUGUGGGGUCUCAUGAUCUUUAUGAACAUCCCCAUAUCAACGAUCUUGCUUACAUGCCUGCCACAAAAGAUGGACGAUUUGGGUUCAACUUGCUGGUAGGUGGGUUCUUUAGUCCCAAGAGAUGUGAAGAGGCCAUUCCUCUUGAUGCUUGGGUCUCAGCGGAUGAUGUGAUCCCAGUGUGCAAAGCUGUGCUGGAAGCCUACAGGGAUCUUGGCUUCAGGGGCAAUAGACAGAAGACAAGAAUGAUGUGGCUGAUUGAUGAACUAGGCAUUGAAGUAUUCAGAUCAGAGAUAGUCAAGAGAAUGCCUCAAAAAGUGUUAGAGAGAGCAUCUUCUGAAGACCUGGUUCAAAAGCAAUGGGAAAGGAGAAACUACCUUGGUGUCCAUCCGCAGAAACAAGAAGGUUUUAGCUAUGUUGGUCUUCACAUUCCAGUUGGUCGAGUCCAAGCAGAUGACAUGGAUGAAUUAGCUCGGUUAGCUGACAAAUAUGGCUCAGGCGAACUCAGGCUUACCGUGGAGCAAAACAUCAUAAUUCCAAACGUUGAGAACUCGAAAUUAGAAGCCUUGCUUAAAGAGCCUCUACUGAAAGGUAGGUUUUCACCAGAACCAAGUAUUCUCAUGAAAGGGUUAGUGGCUUGUACUGGAAACCAAUUUUGUGGGCAAGCCAUUAUUGAGACAAAGGCUAGAGCCUUGAAGGUGACUGAGGAGGUGGAACGGCUAGUGUCAGUGACCCGGCCGGUGAGGAUGCACUGGACGGGUUGUCCUAAUACUUGUGGACAGGUUCAAGUUGCUGAUAUUGGUUUCAUGGGGUGCAUGGCAAGGGAUGAGAAUGGAAAACCUUGUGAAGGGGCAGAUAUCUUCCUGGGAGGGAGAAUUGGAAGUGACUCACAUUUGGGAGAAGUAUAUAAGAAGGCUGUUCCUUGUAAGAACUUGGUACCUGUAGUUGUUGAUAUUUUGGUGGAACACUUUGGUGCUGUCCCUAGAGAGAGGGAAGAAGGGGAAGAUUGAUCCAAUCAAGUUCAUUCAUUACUUUUAGAUUUUUUUUUUCCAAAUUGGAGGAUUUAAAAGACACCUGGAGGACUAAUUUGGACAACAUUGAUCAAUAGGAUGAUGAGUUUUGUUUUGUCUGAUCAUAGUAUAUAACAUUUUGAGCAUAUGUAUCAAAAUAAACUUAUUGGUAAUAUAUUUUCGGUUGAAUACUUGUUUUUUGAAUAAAUCUUGAUCACCCUGUUCUAGGAGCAGAUUAAGCUCUUUUCAGUGGAGAGAUAGACCUUCAACCCAAUAUCCAAGGAAGCCAUGAACAAUUAUUUUCUCCUUCUUUAGGACUUUUACGAGAAAAUUGGAAGGAAGAGCCCUUAGUCAGUUAUUUAUAUGGAUUCGGAUUGGGAUAUUGCCCUAACUCCCAAGCAAGUCUGUUUCUUUUUUUUUAUUAUUAUUAUUAAAUGGAUUCUUGGUGGGCUUUCUCAUUGGGGUAGGAUGCAGUACAUUACCAGGCCGAGAUAAGGCUUCCAAGCAAUUCAUAUGGCCUCACGGGCUCACCGUCAGGAUUCCCAUCAAAUGGUUUCUAAAGGGACUAUUAGGAAACAAAAAAUAAUGAUUUUUUUUCUUGUAAUCCUUCUUAUGAUCAUUUUCAUUUGAUUUGAGAAUCUGCAUCUUAAUUCUGACAAUUAUGUCUUAAUAUGAUUUUAGAAAAAAUAAGCUACCACUUCACCCAUUGGGUUAGAACGGAUUUUUGUUUGUAUC